GAAGAAAUACGUUCACAAGAUUUGUUUAGAUAUGCUUACGUCUGUGUUGUGUAUCGCUUCAUUGGUAACCCUUCUCGAUGCUCAUAUUUCAAUAAAGAAAGAAAGAUUUGAACCAUUGUCAGAUGACAUCAUCUCGUAUAUCAAUCAACAUCCAAAUGCUGAAUGGAAAGCUGAGAAAAGCAAACGUUUCCACUCACUGGAUGACGCACGUAUUCUGAUGGGUGCAAGAAGAGAGGAACCAGAAUUAAGAAAGAAGAGACGUCCCACAGUUGACCAUAAUGAUUGGAAUGUAGAAAUUCCAUCAAGUUUCGAUUCAAGGAAGAAAUGGCCUCGUUGUAAAAGUAUAGCGACCAUCCGUGAUCAAUCACGAUGUGGAUCGUGUUGGGCUUUCGGUGCUGUCGAAGCCAUGAGUGAUCGAACCUGCAUACAAUCACGUGGCAGACAAUCUGUGGAACUAAGUGCUGUGGAUCUAGUGAGCUGUUGCGAAGGUUGUGGAUUUGGUUGUGAUGGUGGAUUCCUUGGUCCUGCUUGGGAUUAUUGGGUAGAGGAAGGUAUUGUUACUGGAAGUUCGAAAGAGAAUCACACAGGCUGUCAACCAUAUCCAUUCCCAAAAUGUGAGCAUCAUACCAAAGGGAAGUAUCCUGCAUGUGGCGAAAAAAUCUACAAAACUCCUCGCUGUAAACAGACAUGUCAGAAAAGUUACAAAAUCCCAUACGCCCAAGACAAGCAUCGAGGCAAAUCAUCCUACAAUGUUGCUGCUUAUGAAUUGUCUAUUCAAAAGGAAAUCAUGAAGUAUGGACCAGUAGAAGCAUCCUUCACAGUUUACGAAGAUUUUCUAAAUUACAAAUCUGGGAUCUAUGAACAUAUUACUGGAGAACCAGUUGGUGGACAUGCCAUACGUAUAAUUGGAUGGGGUGUGGAAGAAAACACUCCUUAUUGGUUGAUAGCGAAUUCGUGGAAUGAAGAUUGGGGUGAAAAUGGAUAUUUCAGAAUACUACGUGGUCAUGAUGAAUGUGGCAUCGAAUCCGAGGUAACAGCUGGUCGGAUUAAGUAAUUACACUAUCUUUAAACAUUAUCAUAAAAUGUUACUUAGAGUGAAGUCAUUACAAAUGUAUACUGAAUACUUCUGAGAAACGUUCCAUAUUCAUAUUAUCUUUUCAUUCAUUUUAUAUUAUAAAUAAACCGUUGCGAACUCUAA